UUAAACUCGCUGUUAUUCACUACCAUUUAGUUUAUCAUUAGUGCUCGAGUUGACUGGACUGGUUAAAAUGUUCAAGUCUGGGAGGAUUCUAUUAUCAGCGAUAGCUGCGUGCUUUUGCAUCCAGAUUGCCGCUACCAAGUCCUACAAAUGUUCCGUGAUCAACGAGGCUGGAUUCUGCUUUCUCGAAAACGUGGUGAUUGAUGGCGUACAAAGUAUUCAGACGCUGGAUCUCCCAAGGCAUCCGAUUCUCCUCAUCAAGUCGGGUGCCAUUCCGAACUUCUCCAAGGAAAUCUACAGCCAUCUACCGGGGGUUCGUUUGCUGCACAUUUACAACAAUACCGUCAUCCGGAAGAUGCUGAUAGCAUCGAGCAAUCUAAGCGAGAUCAACGUUCAGCGUAACGGACUGCUGGAGUUCGAGGUUGAACCCGUUGAGAAUCGCGACCUCAAAACUCUCACCAUCGUCCACAACGCAAUCACAACCGUGCCGAAAAACAUCCGCUAUCUGGAAGGUUUGGAGAAACUAUACCUCUACAACAACUCGAUCGAGUACGUCGACCUAGAGCUGUUCACCAACGCAACCCAGCUCAAAGUGCUCUCCCUGUACGACAACCGUAUCAAGACCCUCGACUCCAAGCAGGGCCUCCGAUUCCCGGCUCUUCAAACGCUCUCCCUCAGCAAGAACAAGCUCGUCUACAUCCCGUACUUCUUCGAGGCAUUCCCCGUCCUGAACGCCAUCUCCCUCCGUAAGAACCCCUGGAACUGCCAGUGGCUCGAGUCCGCGAUGGCCCACAUCAACCAGAAGGCGAUCCAGAUCGCUCGGAAGGACGCCACCUGUCGGGACCGCUGGGUCGGCGACAUUUGCUGCUACAAGACGGUGCUGGACUUUUUGUACUAUCUGCGGCAGGAGGACGCCCGCCAAGAUCGCAACCAGCUGCUGCAGAUGGCCCAGCAAAAUCAGGAGUUGAAGCACUUGCUGGAACGGCUCAGCGAAAGCGUCCACAAGCUCGAGGAACGUGGCAAGUGAGCGGUCGUGGGCAGUGCUGCCAGAAUGCUCGCGCUUUGUCGUUAUUAAUUGUCGUAUGGCGCUGACUUUGCGGGAAACGCCCCCCCAUUUGCAUUGUACACGGUGAAAUAUAAAGACUCAACGAUAAAUGCA